AUGUCGGCUAGCAUUGCUGCCAACACGGCCAAUGGCCGAUCCGCCGAGCCCCUCGCUCAAGCGCUUCCUCAAAAUGGCUCCAAGGACGAGUACGCCUACAUCAACGACGUCCGCGUCGCUGGCUUUGAACCACUGAUCUCGCCUUCGCUUUUGCUCCACGAGAUUCCCGUUCCCAAGGAGUCGCAGGCCACCAUCGCACGUGCUCGAGGCCAGUCGAGUGCCAUCAUCAACGGACAGGACGACCGCCUUCUCGUCGUCGUCGGUCCAUGCUCCAUUCACGAUGUCGAUCAGGCCAAGGAAUACGCAAAGCUGCUCAAGGCUGGUAUCGACGAGCGAUGGUCCGAGGGUCUUGUGGUUGUCAUGCGUGCCUACUUUGAAAAGCCUCGCACCACAGUUGGCUGGAAAGGUCUCAUCAACGAUCCCGACAUCAAUGGCAGCUUCCAGAUCAACCGUGGUCUCAAAAUUGCCCGUAACUUGCUCGUCGAUCUUACGGCACAAGGAGUCCCCGUCGCUUGCGAGGUGCUUGAUACCAUCUCGCCUCAGUACACUUCGGACCUCUACUCGUGGGGUGCCAUCGGUGCUCGUACCACCGAGUCGCAAUUGCACCGUGAGUUGGUCUCGGGUCUUUCCAUGCCAAUCGGCUUCAAGAAUGGCACCGAUGGCGGUCUCGGUGUUGCUGUCGACGCCAUCCGCGCUUCGUCUCAGCCUCACGCUUUCAUGGGCGUUACCGAGCAGGGUCUUGCAGCUAUCGUCCGAACCGUAGGCAACGCUGAUCUCCACAUCGUCCACCGUGGUGGCUCCAAGGGAACCAACUACGACGCUACCUCGGUCCAGACCUCGAAAGCACAGCUCAAGUCGGCGCUCCCUAACCGCCACCCUUCGAUCAUGAUUGACUGCUCGCACGGUAACUCGAACAAGGACUUCCGCAACCAGCCCAAGGUCGUCGAUGCCAUCGUAGAGCAGCUCGAACAGGGCGAAGAUGCCAUCACUGGUGUCAUGAUCGAGUCGCAUCUGAACGAGGGCAAGCAGGGCGAGCCCAAGAAUGGACAGAUCGAUCAGCUCAAAUACGGUGUCUCGAUCACCGACGGAUGUGUCGGAUGGGAGACCACCGUGCAGAUGCUCGACAAGCUCAACGCCGCCGUCCUCAAGAGAAGACAGGUACAGGCUCAGAACAAGGCUUGA